AUGCCUGGAACACGCUACACGUCAUGCAACCUAGGUCACGGCGCUCUGUGCAGAGUGAAGACCGCUGGGAUCCACAAGAACGCGCAUGUUGCUAAUGCCAAGCGCCAAUGCCAAGCGCGAGCCCUCAAUACGGGAGAUGAUCUUCAUGAUCAGAGAGACGAUGCUGAUUCGCUGGGUAGUAUUCCGAGGCCAAUUGAGGAUUUGAUGCCUGAGAUUGGUGGUUUUAAUGGUAAAUUAUGUCCAUUCGCACUCUAG